UUAGUACCCGUGCAAGUUUCUUCUUUUCCAUUAAAAUAUGACAUUGGUAUUAACCCUUCAAGUUAAUUGUAGCCGAGCGAUGGGAGAUGCUGGUUCUGCAAUUAGUUAUUUUGAUGAAAGUGUGGAAUUCCUUACAAAAUUGCCAGCAGAUGAUUUGGAGAUCUCACAUACACUUUCUGUUUCACUCAACAAAAUUGGGGAUCUUAAAUAUUAUGAUGGAGACCUACAAGCUGCAAGAUCUUAUUAUUUCCGUUCUCUGAAUGUUCGUCGUGAUGCUGUCAAGUGUCAUCCAAAUGUUCCAUCCCAGAUUCUAGAUGUGGCUGUUUCUCUGGCUAAAGUUGCAGAUGCAGAUAGGAGCUUGGGGAAUGAGGAUGUGGCAGUUAAUGGAUUUCAAGAGGGAAUAAAACUACUAGAAGCUUUGACAUUGAACUCCAAAGAGACUGGGCUUGAGCAAAGGCGGCUUUCAGUACUGGAGUUCUUGAACAAUCAACUUGCAGAGAAACAAGCUGAUUCAACCGAUUAAGGGAAGGUAGCGGCAAUGUCCUUUCUCUGGUUCCUCUAUUGUCAGAAUCCAGUCAAUGUUCACGUCAUGUAGGGCUAUUAUAUUGCCGGCGAGAGUGCCCGUGGGUUACACUAAAUUGACUCAGGCCUCUGAAGAUCUCUAUAUCCGCAUGCACCUGAUCAUUUUGACACGCUAUUUGAACUCGCUUAGCAGGGCAAUAGCUAGUGGUUGGUUUCUUUCCCUAUGUGGCAAAUAUACUGGGUAAGUAAGAGCCUCUCUGUUGCUCAUGUUGUUGAUCAUAAGUGCCGUGAGUAAUUAUAUUUUUAAUUUUGGACAUAAUAAUGUUGCCCUUGAAACGCCUUUGCUGUUAAUCGUGGUAAUGAAUUCCUCUUUUAUGAUACAGUUGACGAA